AUGUGGGCCUUGCGGGCCGCCGUCCGCGGGGGCACCUGGCUCUCUCGCGCGGUUCGCGGCUGCCGGCCCCCAAGGGCCGCGCUGCUGCCGCCGCCGCCCCACCCCGAGCGCGCCCUCGCCGCUCUCCGCGGGGGCCUGGGGUGCUCGGAUGGGCGGGAGGGUGGAGGGCGGAGCCCACGUGCGGAUGGCCGGAGAAGCCUGGCUGACGCGGAGGAGGAACCCGAAGAUGCGGAGGAGGACGAAGACGAGGAGGAGCUGCUGAGGGCGGACCCACUGCUGCCGGCGGGGACACAGCGCGUGUGCCUGGUUCACCCUGAGGUCAAGUGGGGACGCGCGAAGCCGCAGGGUACCCGAGCCGAGUGGCAGGUGGCGGAGGCCCGAGCGCUGGUGUGCGCGCUGGACGGCUGGUCGGUGGUAGACACGAUGGUGGUGCCCACCAAGACGCCAGACAAGAAGCUCAUCUUCGGCAGAGGGGCCUUGGAGCAGCUGACGGAGAGGAUCAGAGGGUCGCCGGAAAUCACCGCGGUCUUCCUGAACGUGGAGAGGCUGGCCACGCCCACCAAGAAAGACCUGGAAGCCGCCUGGCGUGUGCCUGUGUUUGACCGGUUCACCGUGGUUCUGCACAUAUUCCGCUGCAAUGCCCGCACCAAGGAGGCACGGCUGCAGGUGGCGCUGGCGGAGCUCCCCCUGCUCAGGUCCCACCUGAAAAGCAACGUUGCCCACCUGGGCGGACGGGGACGGAGCUCUCGCUACACCAUGGGGUCAGGGGAGUCCUUCCUGCAGCUGCAGCAGCGUCUCCUGAGAGACAGGGAAGCUAAGAUCCAGAAGGCCCUGGAGAGACUACGCCGCAAGAGGCGCCUUCUGGGGCAGCAGCGGAGGCGGAGGGAGUUUCCUGUGGUUUCCGUGGUUGGAUACACGAACUGCGGGAAAACCACGCUGAUCAAGGCCCUGACCGGGGACGCUGCCAUGCAGCCCCGGGACCAGCUGUUCGCGACGCUCGACGUCACAGCCCACGCGGGGCGGCUGCCGUCCGCGCUGACGGUCCUCUACAUGGACACCAUCGGCUUCCUCUCGCAGCUGCCCCACAGCCUGGUCGAGUCCUUCUCGGCCACCCUGCAGGACGUGGCCCACUCGGAUCUGAUCGUCCAUGUCAGAGAUGUGAGCCACCCCGAGACGGAGCUGCAGAAGGCCAGUGUCCUGUCGGCCUUGCGGGGCCUGGGCCUGCCAAACGCCCUCCUGGAGAGCAUGGUGGAAGUACACAACAAGGUGGACCUGGUGCCCGGGUACACACCCGUGGAGCCCGACGUCCUGGCCGUGUCUGCCCUGCUGGGGCUCGGGCUGGAUGAGCUGAUGGCCAGGGUGGAGGACGCCAUUCUGCGAGCCACGGGGAGACGGACCCUCACCCUCCGCGUGCGGCUGGCUGGACCACAGCUGAGCUGGCUUCACCAGGAGGCCACGGUACAGGCAGUGGACGUGAUCCCCGAGGCCGGGGCUGCUGACGUGAAAGUCAUCAUCAGUGACUCUGCUUACGGACGGUUCCGGAAGCUGUUUCCAGGGUGAAAGGAUUCCCCCCUCCCCAAAGAUGAGGGCGCUGCACCCUUUAGUCCCAGAGACAAGCACGUGCGGUGGGUGUUCGCCCCCCACCCCACCGUCCCCACCCCAGCCAGCCGGGUGAGGACGGGACCCGGUGGACUCUAAGUGGUUCUGGGCGACCGUCAGGGCGUCUGGGGAGCAGACGUCUGUCCAGGGUGGUUGACAACACAUCAGACAGUGAAAGCUUUGUGCGGGGUGUGUGUAAACUAGCCUCUGUGGUUUUUGUCACCGGCCACCCAGCAGACACCCCGUGAACGCUGCCUUCUAGGUAAGAAGGUCCAGUUUGUGUGUCCGCUGUGUAUCCCACAUGGGUCCCACCCGACUAGCCUGCCCUUGCACACGGCAGUGUCCAGGGAGUGAUUAAAACAAGAACCCAGCAAG